UAGCAUUUUCUCCUGUAAUCAGUUAUCCAGCUAUUUGUCCUUCGGCACGACUAAGCGAAGUUGUGCCUCCUUCGCAGGUUCCGUAGUCAGGAAGUAACGCUUUGUUUACAUCGUGAGCAAUUUAGCGGAAAGUAACUCAAACCAAAGCUGUAAAAUAGACAUGGCCGACGACGUACUCUUUGAGUUCCUCCACAUGGAGAUGGUGUCCCAUAUUUACAAAGACCAAGCCUCGAGAGGGGAGAUGGACAAGGAUAGGGCAACUUGUGUGUCCACUCUGGAAGGCAUGGGCUUCAGAGUAGGACAGGGGCUUAUAGAAAGGUUCACAAAAGAUUCGCCCAGCUUCAAAGAUGACUUGGAUGUCAUGAAAUUCAUCUGUAAAGACUUCUGGAUAAAUGUCUUCAGAAAGCAAAUUGACAACCUUAGGACAAACCACCAGGGUACUUAUGUUUUGCAAGACAACAAGUUUGCGCUCUUGACACAGUUUUCUAACGGGAAGCAGUACCUCGAGGAAGCUCCAAAAUAUCUGGCAUACUCCUGUGGAUUGGUGAGAGGAGCUUUGUCUAACUUGGGGAUGGAUUGCGUGGUGACAGCUGAGGUCUCCCUAAUGCCCUCAUGUAAAUUCCAGGUCGUGAUUCAGAAGAUUUGAAUAGGACCCACCUCUUUAAAAUGUUAUGUUCAUCUGUGACAAUAAAAUAAUGUGAAUGUCAACCCUAAGGUCCUUAAAUGUCAUUACAUUGAAGGUGGUUUACUACAUAUUAUUUUUGUAUUACAUUAUUUUUUCUUUAGAAAGCAAUAAUAAAUUGUAAAGAAUUACACACUUAUUUGAGUUUUAUAAACAUACUUAAAAAAAGCUUAAUGUAGUCACCAGAUAUCGAUUCCUCUAUUUAAUUGUCUUUAACAGAUUUAUUUUGUAUCCUAACAUCAGUUUCAUGUCUUUGUAUAUUAACUAGAAUUCGUCUUCAGUGUGACACUUGUGAAGGUAUUGCAGUUAGUCUGUUGUAGGUAUCAUGUUGUUGAGGGAAAUCAAAUACGAAUUGCAUUUUUAUUCUCAAAUGAUUUUCAUACUUAUCCCAUGUCAUUUCCUUGGCUCUUUGUUGACUGCAUUUGCUAAAAUAACUUUUUUAUGCCACUAGAGGGUAGUCUCUGCAAUGUACUCUUCUCGACAGCAUGCCUGUGAAUGGAAUUGGAGUGCAUUAUCAUUUGAAAAGAGAGCCCAGUUGAACAUUAUAGUAGUGAUAUCCAGCUCUCCAGUUGUCUCUUUCAAACUUUGUGAAUCAUGUUAUUAUCUUGAGAUAUGAUCUUUCUGCUUUACCCUGCAUCAAGAGAAAUACAUUUAAGACCUGGAUUGAAAAUGUUGUUUGUACAAAAUAAUACUUUAAAGGGGCGAUCUGCAGUUACUACAUCCAUUUUUGGACUUAUAAAUUCAUGAUAUGCACCUUUUUUUGAUUAUUUUUAUAAAAUAACUUAUAAAUGCGUCAUGAGCUUAGUUCAUCUGUCUUACCCCUUCAGAACCCAAAUAUAAGUUUGUUUUACUCCAAUGUUUGUAAAUAAAGUACAUUUAAAGAAACACUAUAUAGCCUCAACAUGGUUAACACUAUAAGUUGGGAUGGUCAUUGCUCUGUCUAGGACUUUCAGAGUGGUUACAUUUCUCCAACCCAUCCCUCAGCUUUUUCCCAGAAACAGGGCUGGAAGGACACUGUUUAUUAUUACAACUGCAGAUUGCCGCUUUAAAACACUAUUUGAAACAUAUUUGAUCAAGUUUGGUAAUACUUACUGAAACAGGAAGUUACCUCAUCUCUUACUGUUUUAUGGAUUGAAAUGCAUCAUUCUGUUCUGUUUACGAUCAUCAGUGGCUCAGGCUCUAGAAAGGCUAUGUGUUCAGCUUUCAGCAUUUCAAAGGGAAAGCCAAAACCUCUGUGUUUUGUAUGAAAUUGUGCUUCAAUACCAACUGGACAGGAUUGAUCUAUUUGGCACAACAUUUUGUAAUGGUCAACUGCAUAUUGUUUUGAAGAUUAUGAGUAUAAAUACAGAGCAGCAGAAUUAGGCUAGGUUAGAUAAAUGCUCUUCCUAGUUUUUACUUGUCCCGGGACAUUUAAGAGGAAGGAGGAUGUAUGUAGGCUAUGUGACUGGAUUGUGUCCCAGAUAUUCAUUCCCUUGUGAUAUUUGCUUCAUUCAUUUCGACAUCAAGCAGACUUUUUUUUUAACGUUACAAAUCUAUUUGUAUUCAACUUGGAAACCUCUCCCUACCUCUGAUGAUAGGUUUUAUACCCUUUUCAAAGACCGUGUCCUCUUCCUGAUUUUGACAUAUCAGUCAAGUCAGGUUUAUUAGUGCUCCCCUAAAACAAGCUUUUAUUAGACUGCCACGUCCUGUUAUUUAAUUAACUGUAAUAUUUUGAGUUUGGCUUUGGUUCAGGUUACCUAGAAAAGUCCUGCCUUGCCCUUUUAAGGAAAGGCAUUCUUAGGAUAAAAGGAUUUAUGUCAGUACCUCCAAAACCAAGCCUUGUAUUGCCCCCCUCAACAUAGCCAAAAGGUCGAUCAUUCCUUCACAUUUACACGUCUUAAAUCGUAAUAUCCAAGCACAAAGUCACCGGCGCCAUCCCUUCGGUUAAAGGCCUUUUUUCCAUUGAAAAGAAACAAAUAACAGAAUGCUUUAGCUUUAAACUAAGGUACACAAAGGAGAACGUAGGGCAUGACUACCUGGGGUGAGCCAUUCACAGGCUCUCUUUGUGGAGAACUUUUACUUUGCCACAGGGAGAAGUAAAUAAAUGCUCUGAGCCAGAACUCCAGCUGUCUCACUUCUCCUUUCUAAAGCCAUAAAAAAAAAAAGAGGCUGGAGUGAGGUGGUGUCUGCUCCGUCACUCUAAAACAGAGAAUUAACUAUGGCCAACUUCAAACGCCCCGUCUGGUCUGAAUGUAUGUUCACGUAAACAUCCUCCACAGUUCCACCUCUUAAUUCUCCUCCCCUCCCCCCCAUUUCUUUAUUUUAGGUCUGAUGCAGUUCUCUGUUUUAUUUUGGGGGUUUUCGCAAACAUAACCAUCUGUGCUGGAGAGAUUUCUUCCCUCAAAUGUUAUUUUUUUCCCCUGUGUCGUGUACCAUUUCUUUUAAAUUUCUACCAUAUAGAGUUGGUUGUAGUGAAUGUAUUUCUGUAAUUCCAGGAAACCGGUUCAAAGACCUAUGCAAUUUUUACUACCAUGGUUGUUGUGCUAUAAAAGUACCUGUGAUUUAAUAGCUGUAUGGUCUUUAAAUGUUUUUUUUUUUUUUUUUCCAAAUAAAGAUAAUUGUUUGAUCUCUUCAA